CUGACUUUGUUCAGAUCAGAGCUACUCCUGAGACAGCAGACAGAAGUAAUAUGACAUCUUCACCGCUCUUGGAUGCCAACUCCAUGGAGAACCCAGCACUGUUAAAUGACAUCAAGAUUGAGCCCCCAGAAGAACUUCUGGCUAAUGAUUUCAGCCUACCCCAGGUGGAACCAGUUGACCUCUCCUUUCACAAGCCCAAGGCUCCCCUCCAGCCUGCUAGCAUGCUACAAACUGCAAUACGUACUCCUAAGCCACAGUCUGCUCCCCAAACCCUUGUGGUGUCCACUUCAACAUCUGACACGAACACUUCAACAAACAUCCCUACUGUUCUAACUCCAGGCUCUAUCCUAACCUCCUCUCAGGGCACUGGUGGCCAGCAGAUCUUACAUGUGAUUCACACCAUCCCCUCAGUCAGUCUGCCAAAUAAGAUGGGUGGCCUGAAGACCAUCCCAGUGGUGGUGCAGUCUCUGCCCAUGAUGUAUACUACUUUGCCUGCAGAUGGGGGCCCUGCAGCCAUUACAGUCCCACUCAUUGGAGGAGAUGGCAAAAAUGCUGGAUCAGUGAAAGUUGAUCCCACCUCUAUGUCUCCAUUGGAGAUUUCAAGUGACGGUGAGGAGAGUACAAUAGAGAGUGGAUCCUCAGCUUUACAGAGUCUACAGGGACUGCAGCAUGAACCAGCAGCAAUGGCCCAAAUGCAGGGAGAAGAGUCACUUGAUUUGAAGAGAAGACGGAUUCACCAAUGUGACUUUGCAGGAUGCAGCAAAGUGUACACCAAAAGCUCUCACCUGAAAGCCCACCGCAGAAUCCAUACAGGAGAGAAGCCUUAUAAAUGCACCUGGGAUGGCUGCUCCUGGAAAUUUGCUCGCUCUGAUGAGCUCACCCGUCAUUUCCGCAAGCACACAGGCAUCAAGCCCUUCCGGUGCACAGACUGCAAUCGCAGCUUUUCUCGUUCUGACCACCUGUCCCUGCACCGCCGGCGUCAUGACACCAUGUGAGCCACACAGGCUGCACUGGAGGAGCUGUGCUGGUCUCUUUCUUGUGUAUGUGUACUGAGGUCAAGAUUAUUUUUCCCUCUUUGACUUCAACUUGCCUCUGGGAUGGAAUUGAAACAGCCCACUGAGCCAGGUUGAGG